AUGCAUCAGAACUCGAUCACGGAUUUAGGAUUCCCCGAGCGGCCUCCGGUGGUGCAUAGCGCCAGCUCAUCCUUCGGUGGACACGUCACGGUGUCCUCCGUGUCGACCACAUUCUCUCCCGGAUCCCCCACCCACACCACGCCGUCGGACCUGAUCCUCCUCUCCAAUGACCGUAAAGUGUUCUACGUUCACUUUAGUAUCAUCGUCAAGUCAGAGAACAACUUCAACUCACUGCUGCCCAUCGCCAGCUUCGCUGACCCCGCGCUCCUGAGCGCCGUUCAGAUGCCCGUUAUGCAAGUCCCGGAGAGCUCGCACGUCAUGGACAUCAUCCUGCACGUCAUCUACAACCUGUCCUGGGUGCAGACACCGGUGCCUCCAUUCGGCCAUAUGAUCGGCGCCCUCGACGUCUUGCCCAAGUACGGAUUCAGCAUCAGUUCUUUCCUUCUACCUUCCACGAUCCUCUUCGACCUCUUCGUUCGCCUGUACGCUCCCGCGUUGCCUAUGGAAGUUUAUUGCUUUGCUGCAGCUCACGACAUCAAUCACCUUGCCGUCGCGGCAUCCCCUCACCUCCUAUCCUACCCCUUGCCCGCUCUUACCGACGAGCUUGCCUCCAAGAUGGGUGCGCGCUACCUCCGGCGCCUUGUGUUCCUUCACCUCGGUAGGCAAGACGCGCUCCGGAGGCUGUUGACGACGCUUCCUGUUGAUCAUCCACCGGACCCGGAGUGCGGACCGCUCGAGCAGAAGCGGCUCGCGAGUGCCUGGGCAUUCGCAAGCGCAUACGUGGGAUGGGACGCCCGUCCAAAUAUCACCGGUGCGGAGAUUAAAGCCAUCUUGGCCCCGCUCGCAGAGACGUUAACGUGCGCGCAAUGCAAGAUGACGUUUCUAGAACGCACUUCGACGUUGAUCGCGGACUGGGGGAGAGUCAGGAUGUCCAUUAUACCUUGA